ACAAAGAUUAAACACCAACCGCAAAUAACAGGAAAACCUUCUUCUUCUUCUUCCUCGGUUGCUGCCAGGAGAAGAGUAGCAGACCGACCCCAAAUAAUUUUUUUUUUUUUUUGCCUUUUUUUUCUGUCUGUGUAUUUCACCACUUCCCUUCUUCUGCACUGAAAAAGCCAUAGACUUUUUCUUUUCAUGCUCGAGAACUACGACCCCAAUAAUUUGUUCUCUUGAAUUCUUCUUCUUUCCAUACAUAUCUGUUCUUUUUAUCAUGGGGAUUUUAAGGUUUACCAGAGGAUUUAAUGCCAUCACGACCACCAAAACGAGAAUCAAAGCAUUAUCGUACCCAUUUUUAAGCAGACCCUUUUCAGAAUCUAAGCUUUUCAAUGCCGAUGAUACAGUGCUUCCCGUUUUGAUUGUCGGCGCAGGACCUGUUGGACUCGUGCUCUCUAUUCUUCUCACCAAGUUAGGGGUCAAAUGUUCUGUUCUGGAGAAGAAAGUGACGUUCUCUGAACACCCACAGGCACAUUUCAUCAACAACCGUUCUAUGGAGAUAUUUCGUAAGCUAGAUGGGUUGGCGGAGGAGAUUGAAAAGUGCCAACCACCUGUAGAUUUAUGGAGAAAGUUCAUAUAUUGUACUUCUCUCUCUGGGUCUAUUUUAGGCUCAGUGGAUCACAUGCAGCCUCAAGAUUUUGAAAAAAUUAUCAGCCCAGUCUCUGUUGCACACUUCUCUCAACAUAAACUAACAAGGUUACUAUUUAAAAGAUUGAAAGAUCUCAACUUUGAUCUUCAACCAUCUGAAGCUUUGGAAAGUCUUAGCUGUGGCUCACUUAGGGGAAGAGAAAUACUAAUGGGGCAUGAAUGUGUAUCUUUUGCUGCCACGGAUCAUUGCAUUACUGCAACUGUUUCUUUUCUCAAGGAUGGCAAGAUUAUUGAAAGAAAUAUCCGGUGCAGUAUGCUUAUUGGUGCUGAUGGUGCCGGAAGUACUAUACGGAAGAUUGCUGGAAUAAAUAUGAGAGGUGAAAAGGAAUUGCAAAGGCUUGUUAGUGUUCAUUUCUUUAGCAGAGACCUGGGACAGUACCUGCUUAAUAAUAGGCCCGGUAUGCUAUUUUUCAUUUUCAACACUGAAGCUAUUGGGGUUGUCGUUGCUCAUGAUCUCGAGCAAGGAGAAUUUGUAUUGCAGAUGCCAUUUUAUCCACCACAGCAAAAUCUCGAGGACUUCACUCCUGCGAUAUGCAAGAAGUUAAUAGUCAGAUUGGUUGGCCAAGAGCUUUCAGACUUAGAUGUGAUUGACAUAAAGCCAUGGGUUAUGCAUGCUGAAGUUUCGGAGAAAUUCGUAUCCCAUGACGAUAGAAUAUUUCUUGUUGGUGAUGCUGCUCAUCGAUUCCCUCCUGCUGGUGGCUUCGGAAUGAACACUGGGAUCCAGGAUGCUCACAAUCUUGCCUGGAAGAUAGCUGCUUUUGUAAAGGGUAUUGCACAAUCUUCACUACUCGAGACGUAUGAAACUGAACGUAGGCCGAUUGCCAUUUUCAAUACGUCACUUAGUGUUCAGAACUUCAAGGCAGCCAUGUCAGUUCCUGCUGCCCUUGGUCUAGAUCCAACUAUUGCAAAUUCAGUUCAUAGAGUUAUUAAUAAUGUAGUUGGUUCCGUUUUACCUUCUGGGCUACAGAAGGCAAUCUUAGAUGGAAUCUUCACAAUAGGCCGUGCCCAGCUCUCAGAAUCUGUUCUUAAUGAGAAGAGCCUACUUGGAUCUUCAAGGCUUGCCAGACUCAGGCAUAUAUUUGAGGAAGGAAAAAGCCUUCAACUUCAGUUUCCUGCGGAGGACCUUGGCUUCAGGUAUCUCGAUGGAGCACUUGUUCCUGACAAUGAUGGUGCAGUGGAUGAUAAUCUAGGACUGCCUACUGGACGUCGGAGAGACUAUGUGCCUUCUGCAGAUCCAGGAUCAAGGCUGCCUCACAUGUAUGUCCGAGCAUUGUCAAAUUCGUCAAGCGAGGAGGUUAUUUCCACACUGGAUAUUGUGUCCGGAGAAAAGGUUGAGUUCCUUCUGAUUAUAGCACCAGGGGAGGAGUCAUAUCGUCUUGCUCGUUCCACGUUCAAGUUGGCCAAGGAAUUUAAAGCUUGUCUAAAGGUAUGUGUCCUGUGGGGGGAUGGCACCGUAACUGGAACUGAGAGAGACAGCAAGGCAGCAUUGGCACCUUGGGACAAUUACGUAGAUGCUGUGGAAAUUCCCAGAGCAUCAAGUUCAUCAUCACCAUCGUGGUGGACUGUGCAUAAGAUGACACACAAAGGAGCAAUUUUAGUCAGGCCCGAUCAACAUAUUGCAUGGAGAGUGAAGAAGUUUGGAGUUGUUGGGGAUCCUGUUUCAGAGAUGAAAAGGGUUUUCUCAGCUGUACUGGGAAUAAAAUCAAUAAACAUGUAACUCUAUGCUUAUAGAUAGAUAUACAUAUAAAUCUAACUCUUAUAAAAUCAAUUCAUUCAUUUUGCAGCUGUCUUUGUUGACAGUUGCCAAGAUUUUUUUUUUCUGUAAGAUGACUCAGUAAGGUUAUAAAUUUGAGCUGUAUGAGUAGCUCAAAUUGUUCCUUUUUUUUUUUUU